AUGGUGCACACUGCCCUGAAGCUUGUCCCUCUUCCACGGAUGAUCUAUCCCAUACUCUCUUGGCGCACCAGAACAGAAGCCUCAGCCCCUUCACCGAAGCCUGGGGAGGGCCCCAGCGAGACCUCGCUCCCCUUUUUCAAAGACCUCUACUCCACCGCCGCCGUGGGAAGCUACUCCGCCAACUCCACGGCCGCGGUGAAGACGUACGCUGAUGGCUUCGUGGUGAUUGUGCAGAAGUAUACUCCAGCAGAUGGAUCUCUAGCGGAGCAGUUUGGGAGGCAUGAUGGCGCGCCGCUGUCGGCGGUGGAUCUUACGUGGUCUUAUGCAUCGUUCUUGACGGCUACUGAUAGACGCAGGGGUGCGGUCCCGAAGAUUAUUUGAGAGAAGUUACCCGGUUAUGAA